AGCAUUUGCCAUUGAUUUCAAUGGGGAAGUUUGACAAGCCUGUCAAACUCUACAGCCCAAAUUAAAAAUGCUGCAGCAACAAAGCAAAGCAUUGCAGCCAUGGCAACAGGGGCGGACUGACAACUCAUGGGGCCCCCGGGCAAUAGGGGAUCAUGGGGCCCCUGUGUUCUUGCCCAAACUCAAAAAAGCCUAUGAAAAAGGUACCAGGGGCAUCUCAUGGGACCCCCUAUUGACCCCGGGCCCUCGGGCAGUGCCCGAGUUUCCAAAUGGUCAGUCUGCCCCU